UCUCGCGACGCUCCUGAACCCAAGUCCUAUCCUGUGGGCACAAAACACUUACUGCCUGUCACUCACAUCUCUCAAACAUUGCGAGCAAGCUCAUUGGGUGCAACAAUGGCUCCUCCUGUCUCAUCUUAUGAAGAGGCCAAAAUGUAUGGCUUACACUGGAGCAGGUUCAGAGCUGGCGGCAAUGCCGAGGGCGAACCUGGUAGUUUUGACGUGAACAAGAUGACGAACGAUGCUCUUGCGCGCCAGGAGUCAAUCUCCCGUCGUGUUAUGGUACUCCGCAACAAACGUUCGGCCUCGGCAGAGGAAGAUCGCAAGUCCACCAAGAGUGAGGGGAGCGAUCCAGACUCCAAGCUUCGCAGAGCCAAGGAAGAAGCCCAGCAUUGGGAAUCCGAGCGUCAACAGGCCAAGCAACGUGAGCAGGAACGCACGGCGGCUGAAUUGCUUGAGAAAGAACGUCUCAAACAAGAGCAUCGCGAUCAGGAGCGCAUCAAGCAAGAACGCCUCGAACAUGAACGCCUCGAACACGAACGCCUCGAACAAGAGCGUCGCGAGCUGGAUCGUCUUGAACAGCAGCGCAUCGAGCAGCUGCGCCUUGAACAAGAGCGCCGCGAGAAGGCACGCCUCGAGGAGGAACGCCUCGAACAAGAACGCCUUCAACAAGAACGCCUUGACCAAGAGCGCCGUGAUCAGGCACUCCGCGAGGAAAAGGAGCAUCUCGAGCAGGAGCGUCUCGAACAGGAGCGUCUCGAACAAGAACGCCGCGAAAAAGAACGCCGUGAGCAAGAGCGUCUUGAGCAGGAGCGUCUUGAGCAGGAACGCCACGAGGAGCAAGAACGCCUCGAACAACAGCGUCUCGAGCUGAAGCGCCGUGAGGAAGAAAUGGAGAGAGAAUUGGCCCGUCUGAAGACCCAAAUCCAGGGCCAGCUUCUUGAAAAGCAUAAGAAGCUUAUUAGCGAGGUCGACACCACUGAGCGUGAGGCUCUUCAGAAGGCUCAGGAUCAACAAGACAUUGUGGAAAAAGAGAUUACUGAUAUCAGUGCUCGUCGGAACGAACUUGGUUCCCAACAACACAGCAAAGAGCUCGAGAUUGGAAACAAGAAACUCGAGAUCGAAGAGCUCACGAAGGUCCUCGAAGAAGCUAAGGAGGCCCUCGAGCGUCUUCAGCAUGAAGCAGCGUCUAUCGAGAACUCAAAGGCCCGCAUCGAGGAAGAACGCACGGAGGCUCAAGAGUUGCUUUUGGCCAUUCACGCCGAACAGAAUAUAAUCUCCGAGCAGGCUACCGGUGAACGCAGCCGCCUUGAAAAAGCGUUUGCCAAAGAAUCAUCUUCCGUUGAUGACCUCGCCAAGGAGGCCGCUUCAAGGACUGUCAACCCCUCUCAGGACACAAAAUCCGUUGAACCCUCCAAUGGAACUAAGCCUGGUGUCAACAAGCCUGCUGACGACAAGUUUGAUGUCGACAAGUUCGAUGUCGACAAGUUUGAUGCCGACAAGUCUGAUAUCAACAAGACCCCCGAUGCCGUGCCUGCUGAGAUUGAGGAUUUAACCCACCAAGACUUCUUCAAGGCUUGGCCUAAGUCAGAGAGUCGUCCCUUCGGUGCUGCCCCGAAGCGCCUUGUUAAAUUGACAAAUCUUCCUUCCACUUCGACUCUGAUCAGCAUCCAGGCUCUUGUCUGGGGUGGCCGCAUUGAAAAGCUCGCGUACUUGCCUGGCAGCACUUCUGCUUGGGCCCUCUUCAUGCGUGGUGAAGAUUCCGAGCGGUAUCUUAAGGAUACUGCCAAUGGCAUUGAUGCACCUGGUGAACAGAAGCGUGUCAUCUGGGUUGAGCCAUGUGAACCGGUCUCAGUGGGCGAGUUCAUUCAUGCUGCCUAUCAAGCCGGUGUCACUCGUUGUGUCCGCGCCGUUGGUGUUGACUCGGACUGGGGCAUGCUUGCGCUCAACAAGUUUGCCACAGCCAAGAACCGAAAGAUCGAGCGUGUUGUUGACGGUGUCAACCCCAGUGGCCUUCGUGUGGUGGAAUUCCGCUUUUCCAACAUUGUCGACUCUUCUCGCUUCAAGGUUGAGUUGCAGAACGACAUGGAGUGGGAGCAUUGUAAUAUUUACUACAGCGCCGACCCCUGCGAGACUAACACCGGUAUCCAUACCGGUAUCCAUUAGAUGGUUACCGUACCGCGUAGCGGCGACUCCUGCGAUUCACUGUGCGGUGUUGUCUUUCAUCGCGAUUAAAAAUUGCUUGGCCCUGUUUGCUUUCCAACAAAUUGCUUGACUUUGUCUUUACUGGCAGUCCAGCUUUCGACCGGUUCCCCCUGAUAGUAUGGUAGUAGUUGAGCGAUGAUCAAUGGAGA